UUUCUCCGCUGGUUUGGAGCAGUCGCCGCGGCUCGGGCUUCGGAGCGCGCACACACCACGCCCCGCCCCACGGGCAACGUCCCCGCAGCCCCUGGCCCGGCGGGGAAGGACGAGGAUUGUGCGCACCAGCCCGCACCGAGGCGCUGAGACUCGGGACUCGUCCCCAGCCCGGGGUCCUCUUGAAUCCCAAAGGAAACAUGAUGUGAACCCCCCCAGUCGGCGAGGCACCCAAGACGCGAGCGGCGGACGGGACCGGAGCCUGUGCACGGCGGCGGGGAGGGCUGGUGCUGCGGGGGCGGAGCCCGCCGAGUGCCGGCCGCCGCGCCCUCCCGCCUGCCCCCUUGGAGGCUGGGGAGGAGGGCCAUGGCCAGCCCGGAGGAGCGGUUCGCUCCCCGCCCCCAGGCCCCGCUGCCAGCGGCUGGGGACGAGCCCGGUCGCGGCCAAGUCCGUCAGGAACCCCGGCGCGGAGAGGCCAGCGGGUGGAGCGCAGUGGGCCUGAGCUUGGCCCCGGAGCUGCCUGGCUGCGGCCGGGAGGAGCUUGCGGCGCCCCCGCCCCUGUCCCGGUCCCUGUCUCCCACAGGCCACGCCAGCCCCGCUGGGGGCCCCAGCGCCCUCUCCGCGCUCCGCGCCGGCGGCUGCGGCUGGGUGGCGGCCCGCGCUCCCUCGGCGCUCGCCUUCUCCUCCCCUAUCCCCUCCUCCUCCUUUUCAUCUUCCUGGUACUUCUGGCCGCCGCCCCCCCUGCCCCCUCCCCCUCUCGUCCCCUCCUCAUCUGCCUUCCACCUCCCCGUGCGUCUCCCGAGAAGGGAGGGCGCAGCGGCGGCUGGAGGAGGAGGCGGCGGCGGCGAUGCUGGCGGAGGAGGAGGAGGAGGAGGACAAGAGGCAGCUCCCUUGAGCGUCCCCCCCGGCAGUAGUCACCGCAGCGGCGGUGGCAGCGGCGGGCGGCGGCGGCUCUUCCUCUCGCCUGCGAUCCUAGGCUUGCUGCUCCCAGCCCGUGCCGGGCCCCGGCCACCGCCGCCGCCGCCGCGGCUCCCCCUCCACCCGGGCGCGCGCCGCACAGACUCCCCGGGCUUUCCGGGCGCCGGCGGGGGCUGCCCUGGCCUCGGCCCCGGCUCUGCCGCCGGUGGCCGAACUCCGUGGCGGCCCCGCGGCGCCGCCUUCCCCCUAGCCACCGCCUGGCCGCUGCUCUUCGCCUCCGACAUGGAAGAUGGACCUUCUAACAAUGCGAGUUGCUUCCGAAGGCUGACCGAGUGUUUCCUCAGCCCCAGUUUGACGGAUGAGAAAGUGAAGGCCUAUCUCUCUCUCCACCCCCAGGUCUUAGAUGAGUUUGUUUCUGAAAGUGUCAGUGCGGAGACUGUAGAAAAGUGGCUGAAGAGAAAAAACAACAAAGUUGAAGAUGAAUCAGCUCCUAAGGAAGUCAGCAGGUACCAGGACACGAACAUGCAGGGAGUUGUGUACGAGCUGAACAGCUACAUAGAGCAGCGCCUGGACACAGGUGGGGACAACCACCUGCUCCUCUAUGAACUGAGCAGCAUCAUCAGGAUAGCCACAAAAGCUGACGGAUUUGCACUGUACUUCCUUGGAGAGUGCAAUAAUAGUCUGUGUGUGUUCACACCUCCCGGAAUAAAGGAAGGCCAACCCCGGCUUAUCCCUGCAGGACCCAUCACCCAGGGCACCACCAUCUCUGCUUAUGUGGCCAAGUCUAGGAAAACGCUGCUUGUGGAGGACAUCCUUGGGGACGAGCGAUUUCCGAGGGGCACUGGCCUGGAAUCAGGGACUCGAAUCCAGUCUGUUCUCUGCUUGCCCAUCGUCACUGCCAUCGGAGACUUGAUUGGCAUUCUUGAGCUGUAUAGGCACUGGGGUAAAGAAGCCUUCUGUCUCAGCCAUCAGGAGGUGGCAACGGCCAAUCUUGCUUGGGCUUCCGUAGCAAUACAUCAGGUGCAGGUGUGCAGAGGUCUCGCCAAACAGACCGAACUGAACGACUUCCUGCUGGACGUAUCAAAGACAUACUUUGAUAACAUAGUUGCCAUAGACUCUCUACUUGAACACAUCAUGAUAUAUGCAAAAAAUCUAGUGAACGCCGACCGCUGCGCGCUCUUCCAGGUGGACCACAAGAACAAGGAGCUGUACUCGGACCUGUUUGACAUUGGGGAGGAGAAGGAGGGGAAGCCCGUCUUCAAGAAGACCAAGGAGAUCAGAUUUUCCAUUGAGAAGGGGAUUGCUGGCCAAGUAGCAAGAACAGGGGAAGUCCUGAACAUUCCGGAUGCGUACGCAGACCCGCGUUUUAACAGGGAGGUGGACCUGUACACGGGCUACACCACACGGAACAUCCUGUGCAUGCCCAUAGUGAGCCGCGGCAGCGUGAUCGGCGUGGUGCAGAUGGUGAACAAGAUCAGUGGCAGUGCCUUCUCCAAGACGGACGAGAACAACUUCAAGAUGUUUGCCGUCUUCUGUGCUUUGGCCUUGCACUGUGCUAACAUGUACCACAGGAUCCGCCACUCGGAGUGCAUCUACAGGGUUACCAUGGAGAAGCUGUCUUACCACAGCAUCUGCACCUCAGAGGAGUGGCAAGGCCUGAUGCGCUUCCACCUGCCGGCGCGCAUCUCCCGAGAGAUCGAGCUAUUCCACUUUGACAUCGGUCCUUUCGAGAACAUGUGGCCUGGAAUCUUUGUCUACAUGAUCCAUCAGUCUUGUGGGACAUCCUGCUUUGAACUUGAAAAAUUAUGUCGUUUUAUCAUGUCUGUGAAGAAGAACUAUCGACGGGUUCCUUACCACAACUGGAAACAUGCAGUCACGGUGGCACACUGCAUGUAUGCCAUACUUCAAAACAACUACGGCCUUUUUACAGACCUCGAGCGCAAAGGCCUGCUGAUUGCAUGUCUGUGUCACGACCUGGACCACAGGGGCUUCAGUAACAGCUACCUGCAGAAAUUCGACCACCCCCUGGCCGCACUGUACUCCACCUCCACCAUGGAACAGCACCACUUCUCCCAGACAGUGUCCAUCCUGCAGCUGGAAGGGCACAACAUCUUCUCCACCCUGAGCUCCAGCGAGUACGAGCAGGUGCUGGAGAUCAUCCGCAAAGCCAUCAUCGCCACUGACCUCGCCCUGUACUUCGGGAACAGGAAGCAGCUGGAGGAGAUGUACCAGGCAGGGUCGCUGAACCUCCACAACCAGUCACAUCGAGACCGUGUAAUCGGGUUGAUGAUGACUGCCUGCGAUCUUUGCUCUGUGACGAAGCUAUGGCCAGUUACAAAACUCACAGCAAAUGACAUCUACGCAGAAUUCUGGGCUGAGGGAGAUGAGAUGAAGAAGCUGGGCAUACAACCCAUCCCGAUGAUGGACAGAGACAAGCGGGACGAGGUCCCUCAAGGACAGCUUGGAUUCUACAAUGCCGUGGCUAUUCCCUGCUACACCACGCUGACACAGAUCCUCCCGCCCACAGAGCCGCUGCUGAAGGCCUGCAGGGAUAAUCUCAAUCAGUGGGAGAAGGUGAUUCGUGGGGAGGAGACGGCGUUGUGGAUUUCAGCCCCCGCAGCUGGCAAGGGGGCAUCUGAGAAGCUGCCUGUGAAGGUUGAUGACUGAUCCCGGCGAGGCACCCGCCCAGCGACUGACCCUCAUCCCGCUUCUUUGACUUCGUUCCUUUUAUUUUUUAAGCGGGGAAAACCUCUCCCAGAAGGUACCAUCACACAUACACACACAUGUGAAGCAGACGACCCCUGCUUGCCGCUCACGCCUUGGACAGUGAGCAACCCGGGCUCCACCUGCCUUCUGAAUGCCAUCCGCGAACAGGCCAGCGGUGCACUGGUCUCGGAGGUGGGCAGAGACCACAAGGGGGCUUCUUGCCCGGGGUCCUUCCGUGAGGGUGUGGCCAGUACCUUGGUUCUGUGCUUCGUCUCCGUGGCAAUGCUGCUUGGUGGCAUUGGUUAUAAAUAGGACACACGUCCCCGCGGUGACAUGUCACCUCCUUGUUGUAGCCUGGGACGUAGGUCACGAAGGUCACAACCCACAGGUGUUAGAGAAAUUCAGGUUGUUGAUUGUAGGCAGACUAAGGGUGUGUUCUUUCAGUUUAUUUGGGGGCACAUAGGCAAGUCAGCUCCACGGAAGGAAGAAGACCUCUGCCCUUGGUUGGGGAGACACAGGGUACAUCCCAGGCAUCUGAAAAGUGCAGCUCUCACUUCAAACCAUGUCAAAAAUUAAAACACUUUCCCCCCUCACUGUAGACUGUAGCCUCCGGCAACCUUAACCAAAUCCUUUGCACAAAGAAAAUAAAAGCAAGGCAUAUAAAUUUCCUCCAGCAAGAAGACCUGUGAGUAAACAAUGUGAAUUUUCAAAUCAGUUUCUUUAUAUUUUUAUUGUGUGCUAGGGCAGCAUUUUUAUCACAUCCAAAAUGAAAGAUGAUUCUAAAUAAUAUCCCCUUCCAUGCCAUAUUCCCUUCCGAGGCGCCGGACAGUGCAGCCUCAGUCUCCUGGAAUUCCAAUCUCUCCCCUCACUGUGCAGUCAGGCCCAACAAGAGGAGGUGCAGGGCCACCACCUGGACCCCUGAUUAUGUCCUCUCUGCCGCUCUCAUAUCCAGUCCUCCUCAAAGAACCCCAAGGGUGAAUAAGUUCUCAUGUGUGACUUUCUGGGGACUGCUGCUGUGUGAAGUUUGAGAAGGCAACAGAGCCCUCUGGGCCCUUCCUGCUGAGGUCUAUGGAAGUCCCGGUUCACACCGUGAGGAUUUUCAGGACAGGGCCAUGGAGUCCCUGCUUGGUGGUUCUCACUUAGUGAAUGAGUCUUGAGAAGGUAGAGGCUGGUCAGGAAUGAUCGGCCCUCUCACCACUCUGGCAGGCGUGUGAAAAGUUGCUCUGAAUUGAAUUUCUGAGAUAGGCGUGGAUACGCUCGACACUGUACACACCACUGCUUCGAGAAGCUUGGCAUUUGCAAAAAUCCAUUCCGUUUUCGUCUACAUACUGAUUGAUGUAGCAGAGAGGGCUGGACACAGACCUUGUUCUCAUGUUCACACCACGUGUUCAGUUUCCUCACGGGCUUCUGGGAAGUCUCCCUCCACACUCCUCCAUUUGCUGUUGUCCCCAUAUGAGGUGAAAGGUGAUGCCAGCGAACACCAGGGCUGUGCACACACGUGCACACACGCACACAUGGUGUGGGGACAAACACACAGAUGUAUAUAUGGCGCACACACCAGACAGGAAAGUCAGACCCCCAUAUUCAAAAGCGGUGACUCUCCAUGAGGCCAUGCAUGAAGUGUCGCUUCUGUGAGUGUUCACAAGGGGAAGGCUGAAGCAAGUCCACUGUCCUCACACCGACAUGUGGCACUCGAGUCUACAAAAAGCCGCUUUAUCCACACAAGUUCUUCAGUCAUCCGUCUUGGAAGCUGGUUUGCAGGAAGGGCCAGAGUUUAAGAUGGUUGCUUCAUUCUGGCUUUUUGAAGGUGUGCGUGAAGUGAAUUCUGUCCCCCAAGUAUGGAAGAGGAUCCAGGUGGUGGGAAUCCUGUGAUGCUUUUAGCACUUCAUGGUUGCUGUGGUAAUAAGAAUAUUACAGAAAUCUCUCUGAAUUUGACUUAGCUAAGUAUGGUGUGGCCUCUCCUGGGGCAGUUUUGCAGAGGAACCGGCUAGGAAUUUACUGGCUAGUCCGUCUCUUGUGAAAUGUCAACAUGAGAAGCAGUUUGGGUCAAAGAUAAAACUUUGUAACAUUGUUUUCACCGUGUAUGAAACUCAGGAAGCCUACAUUUGCCCAAAAUAAGAGAGGCCAGGAUGCAGCCAUGUUCAGUUAAUAACUUGCUUUUAGAAUUCAUGCGGUCAGGAGUGGUUUUUAUGUCUUGGCAAAUAUGUUUAGCAGACAGGCACUUGAAUCCUGCCUCUGAGGUUUUUUUUCCCACCUCUUUUCUCACUGUGUUUUCUCCCACCAAAGAUGUCCAGGGAUUUCUCCUUAGUGUCUGAUGCAAGCUUAGUGACUAGUAAUGAAUAUAAACAGAAUGUUGCAUUUGUAAAUUAUUUAUCAUCAUUUUAAUGCACAAAUUUUAUAGUCAUGGUGGUUGUUUAAUUGCUUCCCACAUGUUGUGGUACCUUUUUGUCUGGGAAAAUGUUCUCGGAUACGUGAGUGCAUGCCAACACUAAUGUGAAGUAUCGAGUCGGGGCGGUGAAACAGAGUCCUCACAUUUGUAAACACCAGUUAGUUGAUUAGAACAAAGUAGAGGGUGUGAGCAGCCGUGGAGGCGGUGGAAAGCGUGCCGGGGGUGAAGACAGCUUCAUACCUUCCUAGUAAGUGAGACACAGGAAGAGAGAGGCAGAAUCCUAUCCCCAGCUCCUUCCGGUUGGAAGAGUGCGCUGGUGCCUGUCACUGUGAGGCUUCAGGUGACUCAUUCCCACAGCAGACAGAGUCAGUUUGACCUGACCUGGUCGGUGUCGGGUUCCUCUUUCUAGCAUGUGUUAGCGUUUUUUAUUUUGUGCACACGCAGUGAACUCUGCUUUUCCCCCUCCCCGCUGUGUUCACGUAUGUGCUUGAUGUGUGAGCACAGCCUGCCUGUUGCUGCAUGGCGGCCUCAGGGACCCACCAGGUCUUCCAAUGGGCUUCGCUUGGCCUGUGGUGUUUCUGCUCUCCUGGGUCUAAAUUAAGACCUCAGUUGAACAGGACUAAAGUAUUCACCCUGCCUUGGCCUUGGGCCCUUAUUUUAAAUGCUGACUCCCCCCCCCCUCUUGAGCUCAUCUUUGGCCUUUCUCAAGUGUAAGGGACAGUAUGUGUAAAGGGGCAUGCCCCUGGUUAGGUCCAUCUUUGCUCAUCGGGUUCCUGUUAUCAUCCCAUGUCACUGACACCUACCCUGGGGUCCUCUGGUUUGUCGAGAUCUGUGGCUCCAGUCAGAGGCACGGAUGGAUCUCUAAGGGUCAUGGCUCCUCGGCUGGCUUUGGUAUUUAUUGAAAGUCACUUCUCUCUGUAUAUUCCAAACCCGCAUUUGCUUUGUGCUCCGCUGGCCUUGUGUGCAGGGGGAUUCUUGGAAGACUGUUCAUCCAAUCACAGUCCCCUUCUGUUUCAACUAUCAGUCUGACUUGACGGUCAGUGUGAAGUUGGAGUUAAGUCACGUGUGCUGUCAGCUGUGGCUUCCCCUUGCGUGACAGUUACAUUUCCACAUGGGAGCUUCUGUUGCUGCCCAUUUGGCCGCAUUAUUUAUACUAAGUUUAAAUUAGAGAUGCCCAGUGGAGUACAACAUUCUUACUGUUAAACAAAGCUGUACAGUGUGAUCAAUAGAAGUAUUUAAGGCGUUUUAUGCAUUGACAAAAACAGAGCAAAAGAAAGAAAAAAAAAAUGCUUAGAGGUGUCCUUGUUGCCAGUGAGGAGUAUAGAACCACAAAGCUGAUGUCUCCUUAAGAAAAACACACUCAGAACCCAAAGAAACACUGCCUCAGUCACCUGACUUGUCCCUGCUCAGUAGUGGAAGUUGGUGCUGUGUGGGCUGUGAGCAGUCUGCCUGCUGUUACUGUAAUUGUGAGGAUUUGUAACUGAAACAACACACUAGGGCUGACCCUGGGUGGGGGGCACAGAUAACGCCCAGACACCAGGGCAGAACCUUAGCUGCAUACAGAGUCGACUGCAAAGGAAGUGAGCACACACAUCUCAGUGCUUAACCUCCAGGAAUAUACAUUUGCAGAUGUUUUAUCUCUGAUGUAAAUUUUCCCCCCAAACACUUGUUUUUGUCUAGCCCACCUAAAAGAUCACUCUACCAUGGGCGUCCCCGCUCUCUUCUUUGGUUGGGUCACCCUUAUCCCCAGUCUUAUGCUGUAUCUUAGAAUAGUGAAUAGAAAUGGCGUGUGGGAAUACUGUUUCCAUAUGAUCUGUUGUAUGGAGUAUAUGCUACAUGUUCAUUUACUGUACAAAAGAAGUGCAGUUGAUUGAUGCACAGAAGUAUUUCUGUACAGGGCCCUACCUAUUUAAAAAUCACGUACUUGCCCAGAACACUGUGAAACACUUUCCAAACUACAAGUGCAGCGUCUGGAUUCUUUCUGAGAAGAACAACUUUCUCCACGUGAACAUA